AUGAAGCUGUCCAGCGCCAUCCCUUGGGUCUUGCUGCUCAGCUCAGCCACACUGGUUUCAACAGCAUCGGAUGAAGGCCCUGGAGAAUGUGGGGGCGUCCUCACAAACAUUUUCGGGAUAAUCUCCAGCUAUAUUGGAUUGAAACCUAACUGCACCUGGACCAUUCAGAUGAAACCAGAUUACAAGAUUGUUCUGGCAAUACCAUCUAUCACCUUCGACUGUAAUGAAGAGCAUGUGGAAAUCAUAGAUGGGCCACCAGGCACUACUAAUCACGGGAAGAUCUGUGCAGGCAUACACCUCAUGUAUCGAUCUUCUUCCAAUGUCAUGACCGUGAAGUACAUCAGAAAAUCCAACUACCCAGCAUCUCCUUUUGAUUUAUAUUACUAUGGGGAUCAGCAGCCACAGCCCUGCCUGGACGCUGCUGGGGAGGACAGCGGGCCUGACACGCUGGAGCUGAAGGCAGAUGCUUGGGCUGGGAUGUAA